AUGACGGCUGGCAAUCUAGGGCGCCAGAUGCGGCCUGGCCUUCCGCUGGACCCAGAAUGGAAAUCUGAAGAUGAAUAUGUUCAGUCAUUACUCACCUUUGCUACCAGUUCAGAUCUUUUUCGAAACCUCUGCGGUGGAGUUCAUAUCUUGGAUUUUCUGACCCGAGAACCUGAUCUUUACACUACGGUUCUUCCUAAAGAAUGGCGCGACUGGUUUGAAAUAGUGAGCGUUGAUGAUGUGCUGGAUCUUCUUCUUCGUCAGGAUCUAGCUCGGUGCUACAACGGGCACCCAGAGGGCCACAAUAGUGGCCCUUUCCCUCCUGAAAGCCUGGUUGAAUACGUCAAGUCUACCCGCAAACAUUGCUUGCAAAGGCAAUUCAAGCCAGUAUCGGACAGAACUACGGACGUGUCCAAACAUAUCUCGAUGGGAAUGAAAGUCAAAAAGAUCCACGAAGUGACAAAUUUUGCUGCCUACGUUGGCAAGCUCUCAGACCAUGUCUCGGAACGUCUCCAGGAACCAAUCUCAAUAGUAGAUUUUGGAUCUGGACAAAACUAUCUUGGUCGAACAUUGGCCUCCCCACCAUACAACAAACAUGUCAUUGCCAUUGAAAAAAGACAUCAUAACAUAGCUGGUGCUAGACAUAUGGAUGUUCAUGCCAAGCUAUCAAAGAAAGAGAAAAUCAUGCGCAACAAGAAGGAGUGGAAGCGACAGCUUAGCUUGAGAAGUGCUAUGACCACUCCUCCGCCUCUGGCGGAGGUCGAACUGGUGCCUGUACCAGAUGCCAUUAUAGCAGACCACGAUGUCCUUGACGAAAACUUUGACUCAACAAAGGGGUCAAUGACAUAUAUUGAACACGAUCUUCAGGAUGGGUAUCUGGAGAACCUCCUGUACCCACCAGAUCAGGAAGAGGAAGAUGCACGCCGUGGACAUAUGAGCGAUCUAGAUAAGUAUGAGUGUCGCCAACCUAUCACUGAGAAAAGGCCAAAAUCUAUGGUAGUGUCUCUGCACUCCUGCGGAAACCUAUCACAUCAUGGGAUCCGAUCCCUGAUCCUCAACCCCUCCGUCUGUGCAGUCGCGAUGAUUGGUUGCUGUUACAACCUCCUCACAGAACGCCUUGGCCCAGUAACAUACAAACUCCCGCAACUACGACCUAAUCAUCCGCGUCUUGAGUCGACGGGGUCUGCCUAUGACCCGCAUGGCUUUCCCAUGUCAAAGACUCUGGAAGAUUUUGAGCACGAAGCAGGAAAGGGCGUGAGACUCAAUAUCACAGCACGCAUGAUGGCGGUACAAGCACCGUACAACUGGGGUCCAGAUGACAGUGAAGCAUUCUUCCGUCGACAUUUCUACCGUACAUUACUGCAACGCAUACUUCUUGAUUUUGGCGUGGUAAAACAAUGUCCAGACCCAGGCGGCCUUGCGGGAGGCAGUAUCACCGGAAAGGAUACCAAAGGCACGCCGUUAAUCGUGGGCUCUCUACGCAAAGCCUGCUUCACCAACUUUCGAGCAUACGUCCACGGUGCUCUGGCCAAAUUAAGAGAAGACCCCGUUGACGGACCGAUGAUUGCGGAACUUACACGAAGUUUGGACGACGACACGAUUGCCGAGUACGAAUCUCGAUGGGCAUACGCGAAGAAGAAUUUAUCCGUCAUCUGGAGCCUCAUGGCGUUCAGUGCGGGGGUGGUAGAGAGCAUAAUCGUGACAGAUCGAUGGCUCUUUCUCAGAGAACAAGCCUGCGUCCAGGAAUGUUGGGUGGACAUUGUGUUUGAUUACAAACAUAGCCCGCGAAAUUUUGUCGUCGUCGGAAUCAAGAAACAGGAAUGA